AUGAUCAGAAUCUCAUGUAUCAAAGGCUACAAAACCCCUACCAUGAAUAACAGGGCUGUUGUUGCAAUGUUUGCGGAUGAUACAACUGUUUUCCUCAGCCACAACAACAACUUCCAUGCUCUCAACAUGAUCCUAAACUACUGGUGUAUUGCAUCAGAAGCCAAGUUCAACAUUGACAAAACAGAAAUCAUACCUAUCGGCUCCCCAGAACACUGUACAAGAAUAAUUGAAACCAGGAAACUUCACCCAUUGCAUAACCCAAUCCCCAGGAAUAUCCAAGUUGCCAAAAACAGGAUGGCAGUCCGCAUACUAGGAGCGUGGCUAGGAAACAAAGUUAACCAAGCCACUGUCUGGUCUACCAUAAUUGACCAGAUAAAAAAUAACUUUCAGAAUGGGAACAAUCAUAUCCAUCCCUAG